UUUUGGAAAUGGAAACUGGGAUUUUGUAUUAAAACAUUCAAGUUGAAAUCGAAAAUUGAUAUUUGUUAUCCGACUUUAUCAAUAAACAAAAAUUCGAAAAAAAAUGGGUUUAAUUUGUUACGCACUUUCGAGGUGGGUUGUUGGGUUUUCUUGUUUCUUGUUUGUAAAAAAAAAAAAAAAAUCAGCUGGUUAAUGGGUUCUUAAUAUAGUUAUCAAGGUGGGUUUUGUUUUUUAAGUUGGAAAAAGAAAAACAGGACGACAAUGGCGGAGACAGGACGUAGGAGGAGUGCGAGACUGUCUGCACUAGAAGCGUGUAAAGUCCAGCAAGCGACUUCUGUGGGGGACCCGCCAGAUGCCCCACAACAUACUAACAAUGGAAAACGACCCUUAGCCUUGGUCGAGCAGGAUACGCCAAGGAAGAGAGGUAGGAAGAAGAGGAGGCUUAGAACCGUAGAAGAAGUGGUAGUUAAUUCUGUUUCAAGAGAAGCUGAGCAGGAAAGAGAGAACCUAAAAGAUGAAGGUCAUACAACCAAUAUUGACCAAUCAUCAAAAGUGGCUUCUUCAUCUUGGAUGAUAGAAAAACAAAAAUUGGAGCUUAUCCUUGAUAUACUACAAAUGAGAGAUAAGCAUGAAAUAUUUGCCGAACCAGUUGACCCUGAAGAGGUUGACGGUUAUUAUGAAAUCAUCAAGGAGCCAAUGGACUUUGGCACCAUGAGAGCAAAACUUCAUGAAGGAAUGUAUACAACUCUAGAACAAUUUGAGCAUGAUGUUUUCUUGAUAUUCAGCAAUGCCAUGCGUUUUAAUUCCUCAACAACCAUAUUCUUCAGACAGGCUCUUGCCAUACAAGAAUUGGCCAAGAAAGUAUUUCAAGCUCUGAAAAUUGAUCCUGAGAACUUUGCGAUGGAAUUCUUGGUUAUGAGACGAAGACAUGGUAGAAAGCCUCAUCAUGGCACCAGAUGUUCAAAUCUUAAUGCAGAUAAAGUGAGGCCUAAUAGUAUGACCAUUGAUGUUCCAUUAGAUGGUAGGCCCUGUUUCUUACAUGGUCCAUCAAGUCACAGGAAAAGCUUCCAAACAUACCGUGGGUCCUCCAGUGCAAAUCACAUUGAUAGAAGAGAUUAUGAAAAACAAUCUGUUUCAAUAUCAGAACCCCGAUGUACAUAUAGCCCUUGGACAUCUUUCCUUAAUGAGAACGAAUCUAUAGCUUCAACAAUUUAUUAUAGCUCAAAACAACUAAUGCAGGUCAAUCAUAGAGGUCUUGGAUACAGGGAGAGUUUAAAGAGGUUCAUCAAAGAUUUGGGACCAACAGCUCAGAAGGUGGCCAAUCAGAAAUUGCAAGAAUGUCAAGUUCGGAGUAGAAAUUAUCAGGUUCUAGCACAGACUUCAGUGUGCCAGAAUCUGAGUCUGAAAGAUCAGGUUCCAGGAACAUAUUUGCAACAGGAACCCAUUUCAAAUGGUGAGACCAAGAGUUCCAUGUCUUGGAAUAUCCUUGACAAGUUUUCUGAACGUCCAACUGUCCUUGCUGAUGCUAGGGAAAGAAGCCAUCUUCUUGGUGCCAUCAGAGGAAAAGUGGCGCAUGAGAAUCAACCAACUGAGAUUAAAUUGGGAUCACAUUUCCCUGUCACUUGUGUUGCGGCUCCAAGAUUUCUAUCUAUCGGUGAAACCCACCAUAGCAAUCAGUAUUCACGUAUGGUGUCAGACUCUAACCAGUUGGGUAAAGGGGUCCAGCCAGCUGAUUUGGCUUCAACGUCUCCCCAGUCAAUGCUGGCUAAUCAGAAUGACAUUACUGAGCUUCAUUCGGGUUUGCAUUUCCCUGCUGGUAAUUUUAGAGCUCCAAAAAUUCUAACUAUUGGUGAUACCAACUCUAGCAAUCAGUACUCAACUAUGAUGGACUCCAAGUUGGAUAAAGGGGUCCAGCCAGCUGAAAUAGCAUCUGUACCUUCCCAGUCAAGAAUGGAUAAUCAGAAUGAGACGACUGGGCUUCAAUCAAAUUCGCAUUUCCCUGUUGUUAGUUUUGGAACUGCGGAAUUUCCAGCUUCUAGGAUCACAAACUCCUUCAACGAACAUUCAACCAUGAUAUUGGAUGCCAUCAAGUCUGAUAAAUGGGUCCAGCCAGGUCAUUUGGGUUCUGAGCAUUCCCAGUCAAGGUUGGCUCAUCAGAACCCAAUAACUGAGAUUCAACUGGGUACAUUCUCUAUCGCUGAUUACAGAGCACUGAAAUUUCAACCUUUUGAGGUCACAAACCCUGGAAAUGGGUACUCAGCUUUGAUGGUGGACUCUAGUUCAAAUAAACAGGUUAAGCCAGCUGAAUUAGGUUCAACAAAUUCUCAGUCAACAAGAACGUCUCAUUUGAUCACAAACACCAGCAGUGAGCACCCAGCCACAAUGGCAGACCUCACCAGUUCAGAUAAACGGGUCUAUGUGGCUAAGCUCGGUUCAGAGUAUUCUCAGGCAAGGUUUCUUGGCUUUUUAUCUACAAACAACAACAUUACUGUUCCAUCUCCAUGGUAUUCAGAAUUCAUUAACGUAUCUAGUUCAAGCCAAGCUGCUGACCCUGUCCAUGGCUUCCUGUUAGAUUAUUUGGAUGGAGAGAAUCAUUCCAUGGGUUCUCCAAGCCACAAUUUGAGCUCAUCUCAGGGAGGCCCAUUUCCAGGAUAUAGUCAACUUGGAUGUGGAGAGAAUCAAGCCAUAACUGCACCAAACAAUAAUUUAUGUUUGGUUAUGGAAGAGCAACUUGCAGAACGUUGUCAGCCUAGGUCAUGGGGCCAGCAAGUUGCUUUUGAUGCUUCAUGCUUGCAGUCGAGUCUCAGUCAGCUGAACGUUAAUUCAUUGAGCAAGGAUGCUUUCAUGCAGCCAACAGGCCAGGAUGUAUUUGCACAGCCGGAUUUGCAGCUGGGUUUGGGUCCUGAGGAAGUGUUCGUUGAUGCAGCAGCGAGGUUUAACAGGGUUUCAAUAAGCAGCCAUCAAACAGAACAAAGUAGUCAAGUAUUUAUUGACAAUCGGCAAAUGACCUUAUUGGAUAAUCACCAGCUUGAUUUGGCUCUUCAGCUAUAAGCAAAGUACUUCUUUUUGGUGCUCAUUCUUUAAAGUUUAAAUAUAAAAACCAAAGGAAAGGAAAAAAGAAACUAUUAAUAUACAAUAUCAAUAUUGCUUUGUUUUUCUCCCCUUAAAAGUUAAAACUGUUCUCAUUCUUGCCUCGAGCAAACUAGUUGUCAACUUGUCAUUGUUUUCGUGUCC